UAUCUUUUAAAAAUUGCCGCAACCACCCCACAAACAGCCUCGUGUUAAAGCCCACCGGUUGUUUCAGUUGGGUAAUAAACCAGAGAUAAAAGCGGUAUUGUGUGUUAUUAAAAAAUAAAAUAAAUAAAAAAUAAAAAAACAAAAACAAAUAAAGAGGGCCUUAUGAGACGGACCCGGCUGAAUCCCCGGUGUUUCCUGAACGCAGCCGCCGGACACAAGAGGAAGGGCUCGGCCAGAUCCCUGACGCGAAGCUACAGCUACAGCUAAAGCUAAAGUUCUCCUGGUUGGGCCUGACCUACAACACCAGGAGCGAGACCCGAGCAAAGCGGGACUGCAGCUGUGUAGUCCGGGCCUCCAGAGGACAACCAAACGCUUCCUGAACGUCACAAAGCCCAAGUGGAUACCGCGUGGUGAGAAAUGGCAGAGGGAGGCUUUGACCCUUGCGAGUGCAUCUGCACCCAGGAGUACGCUAUGAGGCGGCUCAUCAACCUGCUCAGGCAAUCUCAGUCCUACUGCACAGACACAGAGUGUCCUCAGGAAUUGCCAGGGCCCAGCGGACCAGCAGGAGGGGGUGACCUGACCCUCCCCAUGGUCCUGAUGGGAUGGGCAGUGGUGGCUCUGGUCCUGUUUCUGCUGCGCCCAUCUAGUCUCAGGGGCACCCGGCCCACGGGCAAACCCACCGGACCCCACGAUAGCGAUAGAAGAGAGCCCCCAGCCCCACCCAUCGACUAGCAGAGGAGCCCCACUGACACCAGUCAUCCACCGGUUCAGACUGGAGCUGCACAGUUUCUCUACAGCUGUGACCAGGACAGCGCCGUCUCCCCGUCAGCCUUCAUCUACAUAUCUUUUACUAUUUUUUUUUCUAAUACAACUACUUUGAUCCUAGAGCCCAGCUGAUCCUGGAUCAGUGAGACCAGCACAGUUACGACGAUAGAGAGGGUUAAUAAUCUUUUUUUAAUUUUUUUUUUUUUUUUUUUUUUCAUAAAAGCACAAUAUAAAUAUAGUGCCAACAUUUAUUCUGCUUCCUCUUCAGCUUUGGUUAUUACUCUGUGCUGAGGUUUUACGGUAUAUGUAGAUUAUCAUUGUUAUUAACUAUCAUCUGUAAUUUAAUCAUAGUUAAACACAGCAAAAACUAAAUCAACAGAAGACUGGAUUAUCUACUCAUAUGGGCAUGUUGAUGUAUCAUUUGGGCUCUGUGUGAUACUUCACAAAGUCUUAAAUUAGGGAGGUGUGCCGGUGUUUGGACUCGAGCGCUAUUCACGCCUGGUGUUGUUUCUUGUUUCUUGGGCGAUCCGAUCACAAGCGGACAGCUACCAGGGCAGCACCUAGACUCACACCUGGCAUCACAAUGAGCUGAUCAAUAUUUUAUGGAUGGCAAAAUAAUUUAUUUGUUGUGAGAUUGUGAAAAGAAACAAUCUUUGGUGAUAAAGUUAAAUAAAGGCCCUGGCCGCUGUUUGAGGACACAUGGUAACUGGUAAUUUGCACACAUCAGCGUUAACACGUGGUUUAAUAGCAAAAGAAAUGCAAGUUUUUGACCAAAUUACACGUAGCCUACUGAUAUUCUGUCACUUUGUUUACUUUUGAUUAGAUUUAUUUAUUAGUUUAAGUAAUUAACAUCUAUAAUGAAUAGAAAACAUCUACAGUGCUGUUUUCUCUUCAGAUGCUCUAGUGCUGAAGUCUUGUUUUCAAGUGGUCUUCUUUGUUUUGUGAUCACUUGAAAGAUGUUCAUGCUGUUCAGAGGAAGAUGUCAAAUUAAAUAAAAACAACUUAAUUUUACUCAGGCCUAAGGCACACUAAAAAAAAAAGAACGUGCUCUGGGCGUCUGGACUUCAACGCCUUCUCACGCCUUAACUUGCCGCUGCCCAACUGUGAUCUGAUCACCCAAGAGCCACGUUAAUGCCACGUUGGGAACAGGGCCUCAGUCUCUGAUCCCAGACGUAAAUAUCAGACUUGAUCUCAAAAUGAAGGAAUGUGUCACACAGUCGGGAGAAAGAGGGGAACGGUAGCAGGUAGCGGAGAAAUCCCCAUUGAGCGAUGCUGAGAAACGAAGGGUGGCUGGUUCUUGUCUCUCUGAAACAUUCCACUCUUUCCACUUUAAAGUUACAACAUUUAACAGCAAGGCCUUAGUUAAAUAGGUUAAACAUUUUCCCAAACUAGCAAAUAUCAUGGACUUCUAUGUUAACUAUGUUUUCAAGAACAUGUCUGUCCCUUUAAAUAGGUUGCUAUGGUUACUCGAGAGGACAAUACAUCUGCUACGGGUUAUGAGUCGAGAAAGGUCCAAUUGAGUGUGUGAGAAGAAUACGAAACGCUCACAAACUCAUUUAACAACAACAACAACAAAAAAAAUACAAUAAAAGCCAAUAAACUCAGCUGACUCAGUCACAAAUAAAUCUGUUUUAUCAUAUUGAGUUGAGUGUGUGUGCUGUAAUUGUUUUGUGGUUAAAAGCAAACGACAAGAUUCUGCAGAAUAGCUGACUUGUUUGUAGCCAAAACUAUAUUUUAUGAGCACUUUGUUGACUCGCGUUGAAGGUCGGUUUCUACUUCACAAUUCUGUAUCAUAGUGUGUCAAUCUGAUGCGUGGGGAAAUUAAUGAAACGGUGUAUUCUAACGGUGCCAGUGUGAAUUUUUAUUUCUGAAUUUUAAAGCUCGUUUGUGACUUUUUAAAUAAAAGAACCUCACACUUG